GACGGCUAAUAAAAGAAAGACGAGGGAAGAGCGAGGCUAUGAAAGGAAAGGAAACGUCGUUGACAAGAAAAGGAACGUCCUAGGGGACCCUCCACUACUGACGACCGAGGCCCUUCUCCUCCGCCUGGCGGCACCCACACAGUGAGUUGAAAGGGGGGAUUUGCGAGUGACGGUGCGGCUAGAAGAAGCGCCCGCGGGAUUUGAGAUUUGUGUUGGUAACUUUUUGUGAGAGUUCGAGAUGGUGGGGCUUCGGAAGGAUCGAAGCCGGGGUGAUAUAGACGUGGGGAUGGCGAAGCUGCAGGGGGUUAUGGGUGAGAGCGAAGGUUGUGGUGGCAAGACUCUGAAGCGGGAGUUUGUGUCUUCUGAUGAGGAGUUGGAAGAGGAGCAGGAGGAGGGAUGCUCUCAAAGAAGCCGAAAGUCUCAAAUGUUGCCUAAGAGAGUGAGAGUAAUUUGUACGGACCCUGACGCAACGGACUCCUCGAGUGAUGAGGAAGGGAGCUUCAGACAGAGCCACGUUGUGAUGCGAAGCUCCCAACGCGUUUUAGUUCAGGAGAUUGACAUGUUCAGGGCCGGACCGGAGUUGAUGGCCAUGGCUAAGUCUUCGUCUUCUUCUUCUUCUUCUGAUAGUGAGUUCGACGAAACCGAGGAGUGUGAAGUGCCCAGCUACCAUCAAGUAUUCACCGCCCAGACAAUGCAAUGUUCUCUUAACUCCGCCUGCUCCGUAGACGGCGAGGCAGGCAGUUUUUAUGAGAAACCGCUAUGGAAAACAAUGAAGAAGGCAAAAGUGCCAGGAAAAACGAUGCGUAAAACGACCGGCGCUCCAAGCGCUGUUAUUUCCAAGCUGAUGAAUAACAAGAGCGGCGUCUCAAUGCUUCAUGCGUCGAGAAGCGCAGCGACUAUGUCCACUGCUAAACCCCCUGUGCCGACUAAGCCUGCGAAAGCGGCCAUGGCCCUGACCAAAGAUAUCAAACAGCAGAAAUAUCGUGGAGUGCGGCAGAGGCCCUGGGGGAAGUGGGCUGCCGAGAUCCGGGAUCCUUCGAAAGGGGUUCGGUUAUGGCUGGGGACAUACGACACGGCCGAGCAAGCCGCUAGGGCGUAUGAUAAAGCCGCCAGGGAGAUCCGAGGGCCGCAAGCGCACACAAACUUCAGUCAAGCGGAUCAAUCUGAUGUCUCGGGAAGCGUUCCGACCGUGUCCGAGACGCAUGUUGCGAUGCAAAGGAACGCUCAAUCAGCAGCAAAGUUGAAGAGCAGUUCGAAGAGAGGCCAAGUAGUCGCCGAAGCUGCAUCUAAUUGCAAGCCUUUGCGUGCCCUGCAAGUGGGGAGAAUUGCCAACAGCAAGGAAGAGAGUUGUCUUUCUUUUGGAGAUAUGCCGUCGGAAGUGCUGGGUGCAUGUCAGAGCUUAGAGGAGGAUCUCUUGGACGAUGAUACGUUCUUCGACAAUCUUAGUGAGGACAAUGAGUUCUGUAUGUCGGAUAGCUUGGGUGGGAGCGAGGAGUCACUUUGUACGAGCCAAACCACAAGCAUGCCGUCCAGCAGUUCGAAGAGUGAAGCUCAGAGCCAACCCUCGCCCAGAGACGUUCUGGAAGCAGCACGGAAUUCCUUCGCUGCCGUGUCGGAAAAUUCGUUAGAGUCCGAUUCCGAGCUUUCAGAAAGCAUUACGGAUAACAAUGGUGUCUGUGAGGUGCAAAGCGGAUGCGAACUUGACGAAGUAUUCUUGUCCGACGACCUUUUCUUUGACUUUCCUGAUUGUGAGGAUGCGAAUGCAGCCAGUAACGCUUCCGACAUCCUGGACUUCGCAGUUGGGUUUGACUUCGGCGACGACAUUGGGGACUUCGAGUUUGGUGCCGCGGAGUCCGAUAGCUUGGAUUGGUUCAGCAAUGCAGCGGACAUGCCUAUUCCAUGUGUCAAUCCACAAUUUUCAUGAGCAGCGGAGGCCUAGUGUGUGUGUGUGCUUUUUUUUUUUCCCCCUUUUCUUUUCUUCUAUUUUUCUAAUUUACCCUCGAUUCGUUUUUCGUUCCCGUAGCACUUUAGAGUUUCAGAUCCUGGUGAUUCGUAGCCACGGUAAUUGCUGCUUGUCCUCCCAAGUUGAGGAUGCGAGGUACCAUAUAACAUGGGACAUUAGCCCAUAGCCAUUUUACAAAUACUCAUUGAAGAUAUGUGCUCCACCAAAUUUUGUAGCCUGUUUUCGAGUUGGUGUCAGCGUGUAAUUGCCCCAACCUCGGGGCAUGAGUAGGUUAGCUUUACAGAUGGGUUUUUGUAGUGUAGAGUUCAACACCAUGAUUAUACAACUAAAGUUUUAGGCACCGUUGCGGCUUGUACUAGUUAGUGAGUACAUUGGAAGUUUCUAUUUCUCAAGAUUGUUAUAGAAGGGAGUUGAGUAUGAUUACGAUGUGUUUUUGCGAUACGUGCAAGAAGUAUUAAAUUUUGUUCUCUGGGUAA